AUUUCUCUACAUUCGACACAGUUCAAACCGGCAAGAUGAAGGCAGCUUGUGUAUUGGCUUGCCUGGCUCUAGCCACCGGCAUCUCUGCGAGCAUCUUCAAGCAGCAAGAACGCCGAGUGGACGGCCUCGGUGUUCUGCAGCCUAUACUUGACAAUAAAUACAUCAACCAACCGCUUGGCUUGCUCGACUCAAUCAAAUCAGUCGGUCAAAACCUCCUGGACAACACUCUUGGAAACAAGAAAACCCAAGAAGAACAACUGCAGCAAGAUCUGAGAAACUGGAACGUACAACUCCAGGAACAACUCCGGGAGCAAACAUCCAAAUUACAAGAGCAACUUCCUGAGAUCACCCAGUACCAGCAGCGGUCCGUGCCCCUGCAGUACCAGCAGCCGUCUCUGCCCCUGGAAUACCUGCAGCCGUCCCUGCCCGUGCAAUACCAGCAGCAGUCUCAGCGUGUGCCCCGACACCAGCAGCCUAACCAGAAGCCCCAGGACUGGCACUCUACCCACCAGAAGCCCUCCCAGAAACCUCAGGAACCCCAGGAAUGGCACUCUACCCAUCAAAAGCCUUCCCAGAAACCUCAGGAACCCCAGGAAUGGCACUCUACUCACCAGCAGCCUUCCCAGAAACCCCAAGAAUGGCACUCUACCCACCACUCUUCUCAUGAGCACCCUUCUCUGAACUCUCAGGAGUGGCACUCGACCCACAAUCACCAAUCUCACUCCCACAACCAUGAUCACCAUCACGAUCAUCAUCAUCAUCAUCAUGAUAACAAGCCUCGUCUCACCCGUGAAUCGUCAUCAUCAUCAUCCUCUGAAGAAUCCAAGGAAUGGACUAACCAAGCUAAAGAAGUACAGCAACUCCGAGCUCAAAGGUGGACUCAACCAAGACUGCCCCUUGUGGACUCCAUCAUGAACCAGAACAACCAAAAUGUCCAAUCCAACGGUAACGUUAUUGGAUUGAAUGGUUUAAAAAUGACUGUCGGGCCCAAAUCUCUUGUCCAAGGUGUAGAAGACAUUGAAAAGAUCUUCGGCGAUGCCCAGAAGGCAAUGAGGCACAUUCAAGAGGAGGACAAGAUCAAGUUACGUGAAGUUAUGGAAAUCGCCCAACAGACUGAAAAUGAAGAUGUUGUGCUCAACGCCACCCAACUGGCACAGAAAUACCAGUACACCAUCGAGGAGCACACUGUCAAGACCGAUGAUGGCUACGUUCUCACUGUUUUCAGAAUUCCCCCUAAGAUGCGAACUCGUGAUGUUCAGAAGAGGCCUGUUGUUUUCCUGAUGCACGGUGUUCUUGGAAGUGCUGACGACUGGCUGCUCAUGGGACCUGGCAAGUCACUCGCUUACUUGCUUGCUGAUGCUGGCUACGAUGUAUGGCUCGGUAACGCUCGUGGUAACAAGUACUCCAGACGCCACGUCUCCAGACAUCCCGCUAUGUCAGAUUUCUGGCAAUUCAGUAACGACGAAAUCGCUCUUCAUGACUUGCCAGCCAUGAUCGACCUCGCUCUGGAGACAGCCCAACAGGAGAAACUUUACUACGUCGGUAUCGCACAAGGAACUACGUCAUUCUUCGCACUUACUGCCACCCGCCCCGAGUACAACAACAAGAUCAUCAUGAUGUACGCUCUGUCACCCAUGGUGUACAUGACAAACGUGCGCAGCCCCCUUCUCCGCAUGAUGUCUCCCACAAACAAAUUCCAAGAACGUUUAAGUCGCCAAAUUGGUAACCAAGCCUUCACUCUCAGCAAGGAGUUGAUCGACACCGUCGGAGGAGUUUUGUGCGAGAUCGAGAUCGGCAACAAGAAACUCUGCUCAAACGUAAACUUCAUUAUGUCUGGAAUGAACGUAGACUCUAUGGAUCCCAGAAUCUUACCCGUUGUAAUGGGACACCUGCCUUCAAACACGUCUGCCAAGGUGAUCAAGCAAUACGCACAAGGUGUUGCUUCAAAUGAGUUCAGAAGAUACGACUAUGGCCCCUACAUCAAUUGGCAGGUGUAUGGAUCGGAAGAGCCUCCUAAGUACAACAUCGCUGAAGUACAAGUCCCUGUUACCCUGUACUACAGCGAGGAAGACUGGCUAGCCAGCCCUGAAGACGUAGCUAGACUGCAGAAGGAACUUCCCAACGUGAGAGAAGCUCUCAGGGUGCCUGAGGAACACUUCAGCCACAUGGACUUCCAGUUCUCGACCAAGGCCCCCGAGAUGGUGUACCAGCGACUCAUCCAAUCCAUGCAGAAACAGCAGCAGCAGCAGUAACUUAUUAUAAGAGCACGGCUGUUUAGAUAAUUUCGUAGAUGUAUCAUUCAUUGUAAUAAUUUAUUUUUUUUACUUCAUCGACGCAUUAAAUAAAUCCGUCCAUACUUUUUAAA